AUGGCGCUCGAAGCGGCGGUGGUGGGGCUCCCCGGCAACUCGUACGCCUUCACCAACUGCGUGUACGUGCACGUGGACGACUUCCUGUCGCUCGUGAAGAAGGUGCCCAAGGGAGCGGUCACGAAGGACGAGCUACGCGCGCACGGCCUCAACGUGUGGCUCAACCGCAAGUUCGUUCUGGCCGCGAAGCCCCACAAGGAGCUCGAGCAGGGGACUGUGGCCGUCGGGACGAUGCAGCGCAUGUGUGUGGGGCUGCCCAUGAACGAGGUCUGCGAGCUGUCGGUCCACGCGCCGUCCUACGCGGCCCCGAGCGUGCUCAGCACCGUCACGUUUGAGGUGCAGCAAGUGCUGACGCGGGCCCAGGGCAGCGGCCUGCGCGUGAUUGACUGCAGUUUAUUGAAACAAGUCUUUGAGAACGAGUACACGCAUCAGGUCUUUGCGGUGGGACAGCUCCUGGCCGUGCGGUGCGACGGGCUGCCACUGCGUCUGCAGUGCGUGAACGUGGACACAGUGGACGGAGACAGCAGCAGCAGUGGCAGCUCGAACGCGUUUGCUCCGCGUCUUGGCACGUAUCUGGAAGGGGCGAUCGUCAUGUUUACCAAGGCAAAAGACGCUCCGAUUCGUCUCACGAAUCAGUCCAGUGGCACCACACGCACGGUGUUUAAGCCCGACUUUGACUUUACGAAGCUCGGCAUUGGUGGCUUGGACAAGGAGUUCAACGACAUUUUCCGCCGUGCUUUUGCCUCCCGGCUAUUCCCUACCGACGUCAUUCAGAAGCUUGGCAUACAGCACGUGCGUGGAAUGCUGCUGUUCGGACCACCUGGUUGUGGUAAGACGCUUAUUGCACGAAAGAUCUCGCAGGCUUUGACUGCCAAAGAGCCAAAGGUGGUCAACGGACCGGAGAUUCUCGACAAGUUUGUCGGCGAGUCUGAGCGCAAGAUCCGGGAGCUCUUUUCCGAUGCGCGCAAAGACCAAGAAGAGCUCGGGGACGAGAGCGAUGUGCACAUUAUUAUCUUUGAUGAAAUCGAUGCCAUUUGCAAGCAGCGAGGCUCGAGUCGCGAUAGCACUGGCGUGGGCGACAGCGUCGUGAACCAGCUUUUGACGCAGAUCGACGGUGUCGACAGCUUGAACAACGUGUUGGUGAUCGGCAUGACGAACCGGAAGGAUAUGCUCGAUGAAGCUCUGGUGCGUCCUGGUCGUCUUGAGGUGCAGAUUGAGAUAAAUUUGCCCGACGAGAAGGGUCGCGCUCAGAUUCUCAAGAUUCACACGGACCGUGCUCGCGAGAAGGGAGCGCUGCAUCCGAAGGUUAUUGCAGACCUCGACAACUGCCUUGACCCGGCCAAGUUUGUCAGCAAGGACCCUGAAUACAGAAACCUUGUCCAGCGCACGAAAAACUUUUCUGGUGCUGAAAUCGAAGGGUUGGUCCGUGCUGCUACAGCGCAUGCCCUUUCGCGCGGUACUGAUGGCCGGACAAUGCACGCCAUUGCCAACUACAACCCAGAGAUCUCCAUGGAAGAUUUCGCGCUGGCACUGGAUGAGGUAAAGCCUAAAUUUGGUGCCCCUAGCGAUCAGCUGGCCCUGUACUACAAGAACGGACUGAUUCCAUACGGCGAUGCAUUCACUGACGUACGUGAGACACUGAUUCGUGUGAUUGAUCAAGUCCGCUCGAACGACAAGACACCAUUGAUGUCGGUGCUGCUGCACGGCGAACGUGGCGCUGGUAAAACGGCGUUGGCUACGUACUGCGCCGUCGCGAGUGAGUUUCCGUUGGUGCGCAUGGUGAAGGCUUCCGAGCUCAUCUCGCGCGCUGAGAGCGGCAAGUGCUCGUUCAUCUACAACGUGUUUGAGGAGGCGUAUCGUUCACCGCUCAGCAUCAUCAUCCUGGACGACAUUGAGCGCCUGAUCGACUAUGUUGGCAUGGGUCCUCGAUUCUCGAAUCUGGUGUUACAGGCACUAAUGGUGCUGGUGUGCAAUCCUGUGCCCGUGGCUGGGCGGAAGCUCGUCGUGAUUGGCAUCACGUCCAACAUGACGGCGUUGCAGGGCGUGGAGCUGAGCAAUGUGUUUGAUCUGUGCCUCGAGGUGCCGCAGCUCACGCAAAGAGACGAAGUCGAGAUGGUGUUGACACAGACAGGAUUGCCCGUAGCUGACGACCAGAAGCACGAGGUGUUGACUUUGCUGUCCGAUCGCCCGAUCUCGGUCAAGAAACUGUUGCUCGUGACGGAGAUGGCCAAGGAAGAGCUGAACCGCACUGGCGAGAGCACCAUAUCGGCGCAGCAGCUGAUUGAAUGUGUCUACAAGUUCGUGUAG